GGCCUGCAGGACAAACCCCCGCCAUGCCGCCUCCAUCCCUGAAGAUGCUCCUCCUCGUCCUCGCAGGUUUGCCCGCCACGGCCUCCACAGGCACCACGCUGCGCAUUUCGCCCAGCGACCCCGAAGUCGUCCUCCCUCUCUCAAGCAACUUUUCACUGACGUGCUCGGGGGAGGCCGAGGUGAUCUGGGAACGAGACAUGCAGCCCAUCGCCGCCUCGCCCGAGCAGCGGGACGGCACCUUCACCAGCACGCUCACGCUCUGGGACGUGACGGGCCUUGACACGGGGGAGUACGCCUGCAGCUACAACCACUCCCAGAAGCCCAUGGAGAGGAAGGCCGUCUAUGUCUUUGUGCCAGACCCCUCCUUGGUCUUCCUCCCCCCCGGCCCCGAGGACUCCUUCAUCUUCAUCAUCGGCUCCAGCGAGGCCACCAUCCCGUGCCGCGUGACCGACCCUCAGGCCACGGUGACUCUCUAUGAGAAGAAGGUCAAAAUCCCGAUUCCCGCAGACUAUGACAGGCAGCAAGGUUUCAAGGGGUUCUUCGAGGACAAGACCUACAUCUGCAGCGUGACGCUGGGCGAGCGGGAGGUGCACUCCGACCCGUAUUAUGUCUACAGAAUCCAGGUCUCCUCCCUGAACGUUUCCAUCGGGGCGGUGCAGACCAUGGUGAAGCGAGGCGAGAACAUCACAGUGAUGUGCACCGUGAGCGACAACGAAGUGGUCGACUUCAACUGGUCUUACCCUCGCAAGGAGGCGGGUAAGGCUGUGGAGCCGGUGACAGACUUCUUGCCCGGAUCCAGCUAUGAAAUCCGCUCCAUCGUCACCAUCCAGGACGCAGACAGCUGCCACGUCUCUGAGGUCUCCCACCAGAAUAAGGACAGGAAGGACAUUGAGAUUCGCGUGAUCGAGCGCGGCUUUGUGAGGUUCCACACCGGCCUGACCGACGUCGAGCUGGCCGAGGUGCACAAGAGCCACACCAUCCAGGUGCAGCUCGAGGCCUAUCCGCCGCCAACCAUCCUGUGGCUGAAGGACAACGAGACCCUGAGGGUGGGGAACAGCAGCGAGUUCGCCAUCACCAGCAAGAGCCUGUCAGAAACCAGGUACCAAACCACUCUGACCCUGGUGCGGGUGAAGCAGAAGGAAGGGGGGUUCUACACCGUCCGGGUGUCCCACGAAGACGACACGCAGGAGCUGUCCUUCUACCUGCAAAUUAACGUGCCCGCCAAGGUGCUGCUGCUGAAGGAGAACAGCAACACCAGCAGCGGGGAGCAGACAGUCACGUGCGCCACAGAAGGGAUGCCCGAGCCGGAGCUGAGCUGGUUCACCUGCAGCGACAUCAAAGGGUGCGGCAGCAUGGAGCAGCCUACCAGGCUGCUGGGGAACAGCUCGGAGGAGAUCAACCUGCAGACCGGCACCGUGUACCACGAGGCGCUGAAGGUUUACCAGGUGAACAGCAGUCUGCGGCUCCGCAGCAUGGACGAGCGCCGGCUCAUCCGAUGCUCUGUGCAGAACCUCCUGGGUAGUGAUUAUCAGGACAUCACCCUAGCCCCACACGCCUUUCCCUUUAAGGUGGUCCUCAUCUCCGGCAUCCUGGCCUUGGUGGUGCUGGCCGUCGUCUUCCUGGCGAUCCUCGUCAUCGUGUGGAAGAAGAAGCCUCGCUAUGAAAUCCGCUGGAAGGUGAUUGAGUCGGUCAGCUCCGAUGGACACGAGUACAUCUACGUGGAUCCCAUGCAGCUCCCCUACGACUGCAGCUGGGAGCUCUCCAGGGACAAGCUGGUGCUAGGUCGCACUCUCGGAUCCGGAGCCUUUGGCCGAGUGGUGGAGGCAACGGCCCAUGGCCUGAGCCACUCGCAAUCCGUGAUGAGAGUGGCCGUGAAAAUGCUCAAGUCUACCGCCAGGAGCAGUGAGAAGCAGGCCCUGAUGUCUGAGCUGAAGAUCAUGAGCCACUUGGGACCUCACCUAAACAUUGUCAACUUGCUGGGAGCCUGCACCAAAGGAGGCCCCAUCUAUAUCAUAACGGAGUAUUGUCGCUAUGGAGACCUAGUGGACUACCUGCUCCGGAACAAGCACACCUUCCUGCAGUACUACACCGAGAAGGCGAGGCGAGAGAUGGAGGUGUACGGGAACGUUUCCGAAGAGGAGAAGGUGUACAGCCUCGCCUUUGCUGUGGAAAGCGACGGCGGCUACAUGGAUAUGAGCAAGGACGAAUCCCUGGACUAUGUUCCCAUGUCUGAUAUGAAGGGAGAGCUCAAGUAUGCUGACAUAGACCCCUCCAAUUACGGCACCCCCUACGAGCUGGACAGCUAUUCCCCCUCAGCUCCUGACCAGACGGACCGUGUGACCCUGAUAAACGAGUCCCCGCUCCUCAGCUACACAGACCUGGUUGGGUUUAGUUUCCAGGUGGCCAAUGGGAUGGAAUUCCUCGCGUCCAAAAACUGCGUGCACCGAGACCUGGCCGCGAGGAACGUCCUCAUCUGCGAGGGGAAGCUGGUGAAGAUCUGUGACUUCGGGCUGGCCAGAGACAUCAUGAGGGAUUCCAACUACAUCUCCAAAGGCAGCACCUUCCUGCCUCUGAAGUGGAUGGCACCCGAGAGCAUCUUCAACAACCUCUACACGACCCUGAGUGAUGUGUGGUCCUUUGGGAUCCUCCUCUGGGAGAUAUUCACUCUGGGUGGGACUCCAUACCCCGAACUACCCAUGAACGAACAGUUCUACAACGCCAUCAAACGUGGCUACCGCAUGUCUAAGCCCACCCAUGCUUCCAACGAGAUCUACGACAUCAUGCAGAAAUGUUGGGAAGAGAAGUUUGAGAUAAGACCGUCCUUCUCUCAGCUGGUGGUACUGAUGGGGAACCUCCUGGCAGAUACAUACAAGAAGCGGUACCAGCAGGUCGAGGAAGAAUUCCUGAAGAGCGACCACCCAGCUGUUCUACGCACCAGGCCCAGGAUCCCAGGGGUCAGCAGUGCCGAGUUCCCCCCCAGCCCCGGAAGUGUCCUCUAUUCCGCUGUGCAGCAGGAUGGGGGGGACAACGAUUACAUCAUCCCCCUUCCUGAUCCCAAGCCAGAUGGAAUCGACGAUGGCCCUCAGGAAGCUUCCAUCAGCCGGGCCAGUUCUAUGCUAAACGAAGCAAACACGGCGUCCACCAUAUCCUGCGACAGCCCCCUGGACCCGCAGCAGGAAGAGGAACAAGCACCAGAACCGAAGUCAGGCUGCCAGGAGCCAAACCCAGAGCACCACACUAUGGAAGAGAGUUUUCUGUAGCAGGGACAGGGCCGAUGCUACCCCACAGCCACCAGUGAAACCAGCUGGGGGGCAGCCAGGCUUGGUGGAGAACUUUGUGGGGUGCUUGUUUAUCCCACCCUCCAUCCGAGCUCCUAGCACAGUGUGAGUUAUAGAGGGACCUUUCCCCACUGCCAGCCUCACUGCCACACUCCACCCCAUCGACCAAACUACUGAGAUGGGGAGGGGUCUCCACACAGUGCUCCCAGACUGAGGGGCAGGACUCCAGCGGGUCUCCAGGGGAGAUGCUGCUGUUCACUCCACUUGUUUGCUAUCCCAGCCUCUUUCAUGAAUUUCAGCGUCCGUCUGGGCCAAAGGGGCCUCUUCACUGUUCUGCGUAUCAGCCGUGCUGUGGUACAGCUGCCGCGGUGCCGUAUGCGGCUGGCUAGACAGACCGAUUCCUUGCAGCUCGCUGGUGCGGUGUCGGGAGCCAAUAGGCCAGGCCCCAGACACUGGAGAACCAGGAUUUUACUGAGUGGAUUCUUUCUCCAGCGCAGCAGAGCUACCAGCGCCGCUGAAGAGAAACCAGCCGUGGGGUCUGGAGACGUUCGGUCACCGACCGGCAUUCUUCCCGCUUGUCCUCUGCAGCCUGUCUGAGGUGGGCAUGGCACUACAAGCAUUAUGGUACAGAUUACCUGUGGCGCUAGGCCACGAUGCUGCAAUACCCCAGGCGAUAUCCUAGGCUGAACCCACAACAGCGCUCUGGGCUCCCAAGGGCCAACCAGGAACCGAAGAAGCUCUGAUAACGACUCCGCUGUAGCAGCCACAGCGCAAUCCAGCCUUAACUUCCUCUUCACAGACUCUAAGCCUAGACAGUCUCCACAUCGCUCAUGUAAAGGGACCAAAUCAGAUCUCUUAAGUCAUUAGCCAGGGCCAGUAUAGGAACAAAAAUGGCUAUUAAUGAAUCCCCCAGUGCCUGCUGGGAAAGUCUCUCAGCUAGCUGGCUCUAGACUGUUCAUUUUAUCGGUGGGAAGCAGUGGUAUGAAGCUGAUGUUCAUACGAGUUUCCCUUUCAGUGUCAUCUGGAU